UGACCAACAAACCCAAACGGUCAUUACUCAACAGCCGCCCCUCAUUCAGAAAAGAGAUUGCAAACAAGUCAGAGAGAGAGAGGAAGAGAGAGAAAGAACAGUGUUUUUGUGUAUUAUCUAUCUCUCUCUCUCUCUUAUUACUUCUGUUUGUCUGUUGGUGGAUAAUUGGAGAUUAGGUUUUGAAAACCCUAACCUAGUGGUUCCCGCAGUUCGUCUAUAUUUGUGAAGGAAGAGUUCUUCCCCUGUCUUUCUGAAAACAUAGUUAGAGAGAGAGUCUGUGUAUUUUACAGAGAGGGAUGGAAAUGAUGUAUUACAAGCUCCGAAGGUCUUCUUACCAGGACUCCCUAAAAGUUUUGGAGGCUGAUAUACAGCACGCGAAUGCUUUGGCUGCUGCAAUUCCAAGAGCAAAGGGAGGUUCACACCUUCAAAUGAAAUUGGUUUACAAUCACUUGGCGCCUCUCUUCUUGUUUUUGAUCCAAUGGAUGGAUUGCUCCUGUACAUGUCUGCUCCCCAGAUAUCUAAACCUUUUCCACAUACUUGUAUAUAAGGUGUUCACUGAUGGAAGGCCAAACAUAUCUACAAAUGGAAGGAAGGCAACUAUUAGUGACUUCUAUGCUGUUAUAUUGCCAUCUCUUCGGCGGCUCCAUGGGGACUUAGUUGAGCUGGACGAUGCGAAUGAUGAGAAUCCUGGCAUGGAGAUUAUAAGCAAAAUGAGACUGAAAAGAGAUAAUGAGUUUUCCAAUAUUGAUUUUGAGAGAGAAGAUGAAUGUGGAAUUUGCUUAGAACCUUGCGCAAAAAUGGUGUUACCUAAUUGCUGUCAUGCAAUGUGCAUCAACUGCUAUCGUGAUUGGAACACACGAUCCGAGUCCUGUCCCUUCUGUCGUGGUAGUUUAAAGAGAGUGAAGUCGAGAGACUUAUGGGUUCUUACUUGUAGUGAUGAUGUGGUUGACACUGAAACCGUUUCCAAGGAGGACUUGCUGCAAUUCUAUCUCUACAUCAACAGCCUGCCGAAAGAAUCCCCAGAUGCCCUUUUCUUAAUGUAUUAUGAGUACUUAAUUUGAUCCCAAGUAAAUGAGAAUAAUGCUGUACAGAUACAAAAUGCCAACCUUAAAAUGUAAAUAGAGUCUGCGACCGUGAGUAAAAUUCCCCAAUUGUUCUGCAGAAAUAAUUGUUUCUGCAUUCUAUUUGUGAGAAGGUUAUAUAUAAUUUAUCAGUGUAGGAUGCCUUGAUAAUAAAUAUCAAAAUCCUCAUUUCUGAAA